AUGAACACCCCAAGAGGUGAAGGUAGUGACUAUGAUAAUGCCACUAUUUCAACUCAUGGUUGGGGAAACAUAAAGCUCACAAACCCUUCUUUUAUGUGUUGUUCAGGUCCUCCUUUAACAGCCAUAGAUAAGUUCUUAGGGAACCAACAAAAUCACUUCCCUCCGAAGCAACACCCACAGAGCCCUCCGAAGCAACACCCACAGAGCAAUAUUGCAAAGAACAACCAUGCAAGUGUUUUUGAUGAUGAGUUUUGCAGUUUUGCUUGUUCGGGUGAUUCAACCUAUAAGUAUGAUCUCUUGCAUAACACUCAAGAAGCAAGCUUUAUAACUCAUCACCUCUUACCAAAUGAAGAGGCUCUGAAUUGGACACACCAAAACCCUACGUUGUGUCAGAAAGAUGUGCAAGUUUUAGGGAAUAAUGCAAAAGUUGUGGGAAGAAUGCCUAAGAAAGGAUCUUCUGUGUCUCUAGUCAAAGGAAAAUGGAGUGAAGAAGAAGACAGGAAACUGUUAAAGUUGGUGGAGCAAUAUGGUGUAAGAAAAUGGUCUCAAAUAGCUGAGAAUUUGGAUGGAAGAGCUGGCAAGCAGUGUAGCGAGAGAUGGCGUAAUCAUCUGGGCCCAGAUAUUAAGAAAGAUAGUUGGAGUGAAGAAGAGGAGAAGAUAUUAGUGGAAACACAUGCUAAGAUUGGAAAUCGUUGGGCAGAGAUGGCAAAGCUUAUUCCAGGAAGAACAGAGAAUGCAAUAAAGAACCAUUGGAAUGCAACUAAAAGGAGGCAAAAUUCAAGGAGAAAGAAUAACAGGACAGUAACUUCUAAUGGAAAGCCACAAUCCUCUAUACUUGAAGACUAUAUCAAAAGCAAGACUCUUAAUAGCACCACCUUCAUUAACCCCACAAAGAGCAUCAUCACUGCCACAACAACUACUCCUCCCUUUAGCACUACAACUACAACAACUCAAUCACGCCUCGUUUUAUCUCAACUCUCUGAUUCUGAUGACAAUUCCUUAUCCCCACAAGUUGCUGAAUAUGAUGAUGAGUUGCUUUUCAUGCAACAACUUUUCAAGGAGAAUCAGCCCCAACAACAACUUGCCAAUGUUGAAUCUCUUAAUGGUGAUCAACUUCUCACUGAUGUGAUUGAGGGUGGUUUCCCUCAUUCCAACCCAAAUCCAAGUUCACAUAACAUGUACUUGGAUGAGAGUCGUCUCACACCUAGAAAGACUCCUACACCUAUCAAUUACCUUGAUUCUGAUCUCUCUCUCUCUCACUUGCUGAAUGGAACUGACAGUUCAUCACCUUGUUGUGAUUAUGAGAUUCAAAACCAGAACAUGGACUAG